ACGCCCUCCUUCAGAUCCCUCGCUUUCAAAAUUUUUACCCCGCCAACGCCAUUAUUCAAUUCCCCUCUCUGUGCUUAACGGUCCUCUUCGUCACUGUCCUUUUUCAGCAGCGCGGCACCCACACCACCCCCCCCCUUUCUCUCUCUUUACAAUUGUCUUUCUACAGUAUUCACUCUCUCAGAAAUGCCGCAAUCUUCUUCCAGCAAUAUUCUUGAUCCUUCUUCUAGACACAAUACUUACAGCCGCAAACAAAAAUCUCUCGGACUUCUCUGCUCAAAUUUCUUGACCUUGUGCAAUCGAGAGGGUGUUGAGUCGAUUGGUCUUGAUGAUGCAGCGACAAAAUUAGGUGUCGAGAGACGGCGAAUCUACGAUAUUGUAAAUGUUUUGGAAAGCGUUGGAGUUCUUGCAAGAAGUGCAAAGAAUAGAUACACGUGGAAAGGGUUCAAGGCAAUCCCUAGGGCUUUGCAGGAGCUGAAGGAAGAAGGUUUUAGGGAUGCUUUCACUACCUUCGACGCCAACAAUAAUGCAAAAGUUUCGGAUGAUGAUGAAGAGGAUGAAAGUUCAUCUAACCACAAUACUGGAAGCCAAAGCGAUAAUGCGAACGCUAGACCUUUUCCAAAAAUUUCUAAGAACGAUAGCAGAAGAGAAAAGUCUCUCGGACUUCUAACACAGAAUUUUGUCAGGCUCUUUGUCAGCUCUAACGCAGAUAUGAUCACCCUGGAUGAAGUUGCAAAGUUACUGGUUGGGGAUGCACACAAUUCAUCAAUAAUGAGAACAAAAGUAAGGAGGUUGUAUGACAUUGCUAAUGUCUUGUCUUCCAUGAAUCUCAUUGAGAAGACCCAUCCUAUAGAUAGCAGGAAGCCAGCUUUUAGGUGGUUGGGGGUAAAAAAGUCAGAUAUUGGUUAUGAUGGUUCGUUGAUCCUUAAUGAGUCUAAGAAGAGAGCAUUUGGAACUGAUGUUACUAACAUCGGUUUCAAAAGAAACAAAGUGGACUCUUUAAUUGAUGGGAAUAUAAGCCAAAGCAUUAAAAUGGAAAAGCAACAGCAAUUUGACGAUUUGAUAAAGGUGGUUGAUAGUAGCGAUGUAGAUAAUGAUGGAAAACAGUGUCAACGAAGUUACCAGUUCGGUCCUUUUGCUCCUGCAAUUUUGCCCGAAGCUGAUCCCUUAAAGCAUAAUGAGAAGAGGACAUAUGACUGGGAGGGUCUAGCUUGUGUGUGUCGUCCUCAAUAUUACAACCAAGCUCUAAGAGACCUAUUUUCUCAUUACGUGGAAGCUUGGAAAUCGUGGUGCACUGAAGUUGCUGGUAAGAAGACAAUACAUCAAAUCUCCUGAUGUUUAUUACCUCUUAAACUUUUCUGAUGACCACAUAAUUUAUUAUAGCACUGAGAUAACAAGAAGGGAUGGCCUCAUGUUAGAUGCAUGCUAUGCAUCAGUCAACUUAGGAAUGGCUAUCCUCAGAGUAGUUUUAAUGUAGUGCCCACGCUUGUACACAUUUACUCAGUGUGCUAAUUCAUUAUAUUGCAAAUCUGACUUCUCGGCCAAGUCCCAUGGUUCUUUCAACCAAUUAUCUUAGGUUUAAUCUUAUGUCUAUUUUGCUUUUGUUAAAAACCCACCAAUUCUGUAAACAAAUCAAGAUUAUAGUGAAUAGAUCCGAAGCUUUAUGUGUUUCCACAACA